AACCUUGUCUGCUUCCAUCAGUGUCACAUAAUUAGGGUUUUAUAAUCCCACCCGGCUCGCUCUCUCUCAAGGAGAUGGAGUCCAUUGCCAAACUGAACUACUCUCACCAACCCCUUCACCUCUCACUCAAUCACCACCGUUCGUCAUUCCCAAGACCCUUUUCUUUUCUCUCUUUCAGGAACCCACCUACGGCAACACCUCCAUCAUCACAAUCAUGGCCGUCUAUUUCAUUGGUCAUCAAAGCUUCAUCCUCCACCCCCAAAAAUCCUAAAUCCCAACUCUCUAAAACCCUGAACCCCCUCGUCAAAACCACUUGCGUCACCCUCGCCGCCGCCGCCGCGUUGUUCUUCACGCGGUUCCACCUCAAACCGGCCAUCGCCGCCCCGAUUGCUUCGCCCAUGGUGGAGCCCGCUAAGGAGUCGCUGGAUACCGCUUCUUCGGCUAAAGAAAAGGAGAGAAUCAUCGAAGAGCAAUUGAGCCACGACCAGAACGACACCGAAGCUCUACGUUCCCUGAUGGAGGCUAGAAUCAAGGCUCGCAAUUUCAAAGAAGCAAUCCAAGUCCUGGACCGCCUGAUCGAGCUCGAACCCGAAGAGUCCGAAUGGCCGUUGUUGAAAGCCAACCUCCAUAGCUACAAUGGGGAGCUGGAAUUGGCGAGAAAUGUGUUCGAGGAGAUUCUAGAGAAAGACCCAUUGCGGGUCGAGGCCUAUCACGGCCUCUUGAUGGUAUCGUCUGAAAAAUCGGAUGAAGAGUCUAUGAAAAAUGUCGCAAAGAGAGUUGAGGAGGCAAUUGAGAAAUGCAAUAAGCUAGGAAGGAAGUCAGAAGUAAGGGAUUUCAAUCUCUUGGUCGGGCAGAUUAAGGUUAUGGAGGGCGAUUAUCUUGCGGCUUUGAAGGUUUAUCAGCAGCUUGUGAAGGAGGAGCCGAGGGACUUUAGGCCGUAUUUAUGUCAGGGAAUUUUGAAUACUAUGCUGGGUAAGAAAGAUGAGGCGGAGAAACAUUUUGAGAAAUUUCGGAGGCUCGUGCCAAAAAAUCAUCCUUAUAAGGAAUAUUUUGAUGAGAACAUGUUCGCGACGAAGAGUUUUCUUCAGAAAGUUGAAAAGGAGAGAGAGGGUUCGAAUCGCUGAGGAAAACGGCUAAUUGCCAAUUGGAUUCUAUCCUUAUAUGAUGAUUGGCCGGUUUUACAGUGAGUGUUUUUUCCCGGUGCCCCCCUACUUUUUGUUUGUUCUUUUCCAGGCUAACGCUCGGAUGGUAACUUUAUUUGGAUGUAGGUUACUAGUUUUAUAUUGUGGAAAUUAAUUAAUGGCUCAAUGGAAUUUAAUGUUUGGUGGAAUUGCUAUCUUUAUCUAUAUGUUUAGCUGAUAGUAAGAAGGUGAAAAACACACUAGCUGUUCUGAUGCGGGAAUGGUAAGGAUAGCCAUUUUGGUUUUCUUAUA